AUGGCGGAUCCUUCGAGUCGUGUGCGUUCAAAUAGCGAGUUUAGGGAGCGUUUGAUGGAAAAGGUUCAAGUGAAUGUUACGGAAACAGGAAAGUUAGCUCAGCAGCUGUUAAAAAGCUCGCGUUCCCACGAGGUAAACUAUUAAAAUAUUUCGUCAUUCUGUUUGUAAUCGUAGAGGGAGCCCGGAAAGCUAAGGGAGGCUGCAGUUUACCAAUCCUCGGGUAAUAGCUUAUUAAAUACAGUCAAUUCUCUCGUAAGCGACCACCCUUGGUGCGCAGAAAAGUGGUCGCUUACGAGAGGUUGUCGCUUAUUGGAAAACGUAUUAAAAUAAGCUAAAACUGAGUUGAUUAACGUAGUUAGAUAAAGAUAAAUGAAUUUUGGUCGUUUCGCCUACAGUCAGGUCGAUUCACCUACACGAUCUAAGUCGUUUCGCCAACACAGUUGCGCUUGAAGUUCGGUAAGUAUUAAACUAAAACAAGUUUAAUUUUACCUUUUACCUAGUUCAGACGUUCAUCAACCGAUCUUUCUUCAUUGUUUUCCUAAGUGCAAUGCAUCAAAAGCAGACAUGACAUAACACUGGUACGGUUAUUUUACUUCACAAGAUAAUGAUUAGACACCGGUAAGCUUUACUGUCAUUUGUACACUGUUAUAUUAUAUGUAGUCCUUCAUACGAGACUGUAAAACUUGAAACUUCAUUGCAGGCAAAACGACUUAGAUCGUGUAGGCGAAUCGACCUGAGUGUAGGGGAAACGACUUGUAGACGAAAUGACCGGUUUCCAGAUAAAUUACACCUACCACUUCUCGUAAGCGACCAUCCCUCAACCACUUUGCAAAUAACCGUUUUGUUUCUCCCUCAAACACAGUUUAAAAAGCUUUUUCGUAAGUUACUGCGGCCACUUUUAAGGCCAGAAAUUUGACUCAUUCCUUUGUUUAAGUUUCUGGGAAGCGACCACACGGCACGAUCUUGUAUGAUAAGAAAACCAUGACUAGAAUGUCACAAAAGUUCAAUUCCUAAUAGCGCUCACCCAGAGUGCUGACAAAUACAUUGUAGUAACAGUGUAAAAAAAAAGAGAAGUUAACUGACUAUCAGGAUUGCAAAGAGUUGUCCUUUGCAGCUGAUCUGUACUCUUGUUGACCUGAGGCUCAAAACACAGAAGUAAUCAAGCAUUCAAGACUUCGUGGAGAAGCUUUCGAAUGGAAUCGAUUGAUUGUAAAUUGUAAACAUUGUACAGUCUGAACUAGAGUGUAAGCACGUAUGUGCACCCUAUGUUUCGAAUUUUUCCCAGGUUUUUUUCCGUUAAAACUGAAUAUAAGUGAUUUGUGAUUAAGAAGUGACAAUUUUUAAACUGUAUUGUACUUGUUGCUCGUAAAAAAAGCAACUUUGUUUCAGGCAUAGGAAACAUUGUCUAGCUAUGAGAGAUUUGACUGUUCUAGGGAGUUACAGCUAGCUCUUCCAAAAUGUGUUAACAGCUGUUUUAAAGUAGCAUUAUCCAGCCUCUUCACUAAUCCUGAAUAACAACAUCAUUUGUACGUGACAUAUCUGUCCUCUCCUCUGGCCUGGUUACACUGUAUAUUACAGCUGUUUGGUUUAUCCUUCUUGCCUCAGCGUGGGCAGAUAUAAAUUAAGCUUGAAUAAGAUUGUAUAUAAAUUUCAGACAGUUGAGUUAAGCGACAUAAGCAUUUGUCACCCAUAAGUAACCCAUCCAAGCCUCGUGGCCCUUCUGCCUCUACCAGCAAAAUAAAUGAAACUAUCACUCAGGACAAAGUAGUCUUUGGGAGUUGUAAAUACACUGUACAGUACCCUGGUACUUUGUAGUGUCUAGAAAACUCUUUCAAGGUCUGAGAUUUCCAGAUUUGAGGGGGUCUGAGUUGUUAAUUUGUACUUUCCCUAUAAUUUUGUUUUUUUAUGUACAUGUAUAAGUGUAAAACACUUACAACCAUUUUGUGACCUAAGAUGGACAGGGGCGGAUACAGGAUUUUUUUUAGGACAUAUAGUUGUUUUUUGCAGAAUACCAGUUGUAUUAAAAAACCGCAGGUCAGCUCAGGGGGGGGGGGGGGGGGGGGGGGUGCGCACCCCUUGCACCCUCCCCCGAGAUCCGCCCCUGAUAGAGGUGACCAACUUGACAUUCCUUUGAUGCUAUAAUAAAUGACAAAAUGUUGGGUGGCUUAACUCAGCAAAGCUUGAUUUAAGUCCUGCAUGCCAUCCAGGACUGGUAGUUUUUCUUGCUGGGCAAGUUACAUAAACUUGUAACUUAUUCUGACUUGCUGAAUGGGUCGGGUUCUAUACAGGCCCUCUUAAACGAAGCCAUUUAAAAGGAUUUUAUGAUAAUGUGUUCAUUUAUACAUUAUUGCAAACUGAUCAACUUUGUAAUUUAUCUCAAGCCAAGAUUCUGUGAUGGAUAGACUUUUUAACAUUUCCCUGCCAGUGCCUAAAGCUGCUUCAUUUACAUGUAGUUAAUAGAUUAAAAAUGUUCAAAUGAGGCCUAAACUGCUGUCCAAGCUUUUGCCUAUCGACAGCAUCAUCACCUGAUCAUGCUGUUGAUCACCGAAGGCUUGAAUUUUAUAUUUUUUAAAACAGACAGUAGUUUGAGGCGUCAUUUGAACAUUUUAAUGUUUUAAUUACAUUAUGCUGCUGAAGGACAACAGGGCUGUCAUUAAGAGGUGGAGGACUGGGGGAUUUCCCCCGGCGACUAUGAAUGUGGCCCCAGCUACUUUCAUAGGAAAAUACAAUCAUGUAGAAGAAAAAUAGAACCAAAUGAAAUCCCUAGCUGUUUUAUUCCCCACCUACUUGUUGUGUUUACAUGGAAACUUGAAAUCUACUGUGAGUGACAUCUCUGGACAACUUGAACAGAUUAUUGCUUCAUUUAACCUUGACAAUGUUUGCUUUAAAAUUUACUGUAGAUCCUGACUCAGACUAUAAAACAGUUUGUAAGUCAAGAAGGAGCACUUAUGAAUUCACAAGAGGUAUUCUUACAUAAAUUAUGUUUUAAACAUCUGUGAGAAGAUAAAUAAAUAUAAAUACCACAAUCAACAUACAUGUACAUAAUUAAGAGAUCGAAUUACCAGUUGCUUGUUAAAGCAUUUAAGUAAGGGGUUUGGGGGUUAACUUUUGGGGUUAACUUUUGGUCCAGGGAUUUUUUCGGUUUUGUUAGAAGCCCUGGGGACUUAAUUGACUUUUAACCUUUGCUUUGGUUUUUUAUUUAUUUAUUUUUUUUGCCCCCAUUUGCCCCAUUCCCAGCAUUUGAAAUCGGGAGUACCUCUUUUGUGGUUAUAUGCCAGGAACAGUUACCAACCUCUUGAAAGAGUUAAACUGGAUACCGCUGAAGGCAUGAAGAACAAUCUUGUGGUUAACCUUAUUCUAUAAAGCAAUUCAUGGUGAUUGCGGCCUGGCUUUUCCAGACUAUGUUAUGGAGUGCAGAAGACAUUUUAAGGAACUCUAGCCAGAACAAGUUUAUUGAACUGCUGCCAAAUACUGAGACUUAUAAGAAUCUUUAUUUUUGUAGAACUGUCAAGGACUGGAAUGUGUUACCGAGUGAAAUUGUUAACAAUAAGUCCGCGAUUGAUUGAAAGAAGUUUUAUUUGAGUAUUUUAGUCAAUCAUGAAUUUAAAUAUUGUACAAUAAUUAAUACUUUGAUAUUUUUAUUCAUUUUAUCUUUUACGAGAUUUUGUCAUUGCUAUCAUUAUUGUUAACUUAAUUUUAUUUUAUUUAGCUAGACAUCUUUUGUGAUGGAAUCCCUAUUGCAAGACUAGAAAUUUUUGAAUGAAGGUUGAAUGUCAAAAAUGUGUUAAAUGGAUACUUGAGGGACAGUAAUUCAUUGUCAAGGAGGCUGACAUACUGAUACAGUCGUUAUUAUUAAAAGAUGCAUAGGUAAAUGUUGACAGAAUAAUAUUUUCUUUUUUAGCAACUGAAACACUGUGAAAAGGUCAUCACAGACAUGCAAAAACAGUAAGACAAAUACUCUGUUUAAUAUUAACAUUAUAACUUAUUACUUUCAUUGAGCAUGUUAUUUGAAUGUUUUCACUUAAAGAAGGAAACAUGUACAUGUAUGCAAAAAAAUUAAUGUGAUUGUGUAUUUUGUUGUAUGAAGAGAUAUACGCACAACUAACUUCAGUUUACCCAUGAUAAUAGACCUAUUCGGCUAACUCAAUGUUGUACCCAAUUCAAACCCUUUGGGAAUAAAACGUUUUGUUUCAGGAAUUUCCACAUCAUUUAAAUGUGAAUGCCACAUUAUAAUGCAAAUACAAUACACAAAGAAUCUUAACCAGUUAGCCAAAUAGGUCUAUGACCAUUAACAAGGUCUUUUGUUUUACACAAUAAUUGUGUAAAACAAAAGACCUUAUUAAACUGUCCUUUAGUUAACCUGCUCUAGCUCAGUCAGUAUUUUUUUUUACCGAGCAAGAAGUUCACUUACAGGGAUAAUUCAUUUGAAAGACGUUUUGUAAUCAUCUUUUUGUUUGCGUUGUUUAUCUUUGUUCUUUGCUGAAAAAAACUUAGAAAAUCAGAUGUAAUAUACCAUAACUGGUGUUGCUGCUCAUUGAUUUUCCACUUUUUGAGCUUGAUGCAUGAUGAAUCUACUUUGAGAUCUAUUGAAAACCAUUCUGUGAAUGUGCUUGAUCAUCCAGGUUAAUGGAAGUGUUUUUUUUUUAUUUUAAGGUUUGGGGACAUUCAACAUAGGUAUGACCAAUCUGUUCCUACAGAAAUUAAAUAAUUAUUAUAGAAUUAAUAAGAAUAUGGUACAAUUAUAGUUAAUGUAAAUUUGUUAAAAUCAUGAUUUUUUUCAACUGAAAUAUAAAUUGGUUAAUUUUAUUACUAUCUUUUUUCUUUGAAUAGGCCUCUUUCCCAGUGUCUGUGAAUACCCACAGUUGAAAAAUAUUGCUUACACUUCCUGGCAAACUCAACUUUUGUUAAAAGCUAAGGAAACAAAGACAAGACAAAAAUUGGAUUUCAAUGCAUGCUUUAAAUCUGAUAAAAACAUAGCUGUAUAUUUCGUGGAUGUUUUCAAAAAAUGUUAUGCUACAGUUCUCUGAAUUUACUGGAUGUGUUGUAAAGUUCUUAUAUUUUAAAAACCUCAGAUUUUUAAUUUACAUAUACAUUUUUCAAAUACAAAAAAUAAAUAUGUAAAAAGGUUUUUAAAGUACAUGUAUAAGAAUUUUGAACACAUCCAGUUAAUUUCUUUUACUGUUGUAUUAUUCUGUUCAACUCCAGCUGCUUUUUCUUCAGUUUACAGACAGUCAACAGAAUUAGUGAACAACUUGAGCCACCACACAGGUUAGUUGGUGUUCUUAUUUUUCCUGGCAUCAUUUUUUACAUUGUACAGUAUCUACUAGCCUGA